CGCUUCACUGCCGAGUAAUCCUUUUGCAGCAGCAGCAGCACCAGCAGCCACUUUUCUGUCAGCCUCACUCAGGAAAAAAAAGGACUCAAGAUGACUAUGUUACUGGGUUACUGGGAUGUCCGCGGGUUUGCCGGACACAUCCGCCUGAUGCUGGAGUACACCAAGUCCAACUACAAGGAAAAGCUUUACGCCGUCGGUGAUGCCCCAGACUUUGACAAAAGCAUGUGGCUUAAUGAAAAAUUCAAGCUUGGACUGGACUUCCCCAAUCUGCCCUACCUGGUUGAUGGAAACACGAAGGUGACACAGAGCAUGGCGAUCCUGAAAUACAUUGCUCGCAAGCACAACUUGUGUGGAGAGACUGACGAUCAGAUAACCAGGAUAGAUAUGCUGGAGCAGCAGUGCUUAGACCUUAGAGCCAACUUUGUGAGGAUGUGCUACAUUGACCUUGAAGGUCUGAAGCCAGAUUACCUGAAGGCCCUGCCAGAUGCACUGAAACUGUUCUCUGACUUCCUGGGACAGAGGAAGUGGUUUGCUGGUGACAAGCUUACUUAUGCGGACUUCAUCAUGUACGAGAUUCUGGACAUGCAGAGGAUGUUUCAUCCUCCCUGCUUGGAUAACUUCAAGAACCUCAAAGCAUUUUUGGACCGUUUUGAGGCUCUGGACAGGGUUUCUGCAUACCUAAAGUCAGACAAAUAUAUCAAGGAACCCAUCAACAACCGCAUGGCCAAAUGGUCGUUCAAGAAAGUGAAGUAAAAGAGGAGAACAGCUCUACUGCUGGAAGAGAUGAUAAAAUGUUCAAGGGUUAAUAAGAAAAGUUUUAUUCAACUGUUAAUUUGCAACUCAGGGAAAGUUCUUCUUGGUUCUCAAACAGAUGGACCACAUGAACUGUACUAUCUUUUAUUACUGAAUUUAUGGAAACAAAACACUUUGUACUGAGUCUACUAAUGUUAAGGAAACUAUGAGUUUGUUUUACAUUUGCAACUUUGUUUGACUGAAUAAAGUAAAUGUACUACUAUGAA